ACUACAUAUUUUUUAAAUACUUUUUUCCUUUGAUAAUGCAGACCUAUCAAGUAAUCGCUACCUUGGCCUUAGCCGUAGCCUGUGCAAGCGCUGGAUAUAUUCAUGGCGGAGGUGAUUUUGGGGGUGCAGACUUUUCUGGAGGUGAAGAGUAUGCUGCUUUAGAACAUGGCGGUGGACACCAAGAACUUUCCAGUGGUGGUCACUAUGAAGAACCUAUAGACUAUUAUGCCCAUCCAAAAUAUUCAUUCAAUUACGCUGUAAAAGACCCACAUACUGGUGAUGAUAAAUCACAUCAUGAAACACGUGAUGGAGAUGUUGUCAAAGGCAGUUAUCGUUUAAAAGAAGCCGAUGGUACCGAACGUAUUGUUGAAUAUACAGCCGAUAAACAUAAUGGAUUUCAAGCUGUUGUGCACAAAAUAGGAAUUCCACAUGUCUCACACAGUAGUGGGGGUUAUGGUGGUCACAGUGAUUACAGUAGUUUUGGUGGAGGUCAUGAGUAUGGAUAUUAAGUUGAUAGAGUCAAAAUGCAUUAUUACCGAAAGGACUUCUGUUAAUCAUAUCAUUUUUGUUUGUUUAUCAUUCAUUUUAAGUGUUCCUAAAUAACUGUUCAAAAAAAAUUCCAAAAAAGUUGUAAAAAAAGGAGUUUAUGAUAUAUUGUUUAUAGUUAAUGAAGAGAAAAUCGUUUGAUCCAUUUGUAGUUUCAAAAUAUAAAGUGGAGUAUACAUUCUGUGAAAUGAAUCUUCAUUUCAUAUAAAUGAAGAAUACGGACUCUUACCCAUUUGUGAUGGGAGAAUCUCAGCAGGGAACUUACGGGCAUAUACGUCACUCCUGCCUCAGUAGAUUCUUAGCGUCAUCUAGUUCUAAGAAGCUAUUCUUAUCUACGGAUUGUACUCAAGGAAAGAAAAGAGGUCGCUUUCGUGAUACGAAUUAUGCUUCGAGAAAUUAUUAUCCCCAAUCUAUCCCCUUUCGACUAAAUUACAAAACCAAGAAAAAUAAAAAUGAUUCACGGUUAAUUUUGA